GUUCGCAGCGUUUGGAUCGCUUUUCUACCCCGUUAUCUCCAAGUUACCUUCGGUCAUGUGUCACUCGUUUCCAUAGCAUAUAUCAUCGCGUGUUCGAGGUUUCAAGUCCGAUGAUCCGUGAUAAUUUUAAACACGUAAAACGCAGGCACCACAGACACCUUUGCGGUCAGUAGCAGUAGUAGUUCCACAGCAGUGUGCCGUUUUAUCUGUCGCCGAUCAUGUUUAUAUACUUUCAUUGAAAGUGCACCUCUCAACCGAAGCCAACAGCAACUAAAUGGUGUAUGAGCUGCGUGAGCAAAGCUUACAGAGUACGAGUCCAGUGAGAAGAUUGGUCUCACCGACCUCUGGUUGGCCCCUCAACCAAAGAAAAGGGAAAUUCACCCCCGGAGAGUGUCGCGUGCAACGGAAAAUCAUCGGACGUGUGUUAUCGGUGCAAAAGUAAAAGUUGUCCUCGCGAGACGUUGUUGACGUUUGUCGUAAAGACGAAGAAAUCAAGAUCAAGUUUGUGUAGGUUUGAUACGGGACUGGUGGAAAAAGACGCGAGUGAAUGAAAAAUUCGUGCGCGUCAUUCUGUGGGGUGGAUUUUAGUUUCUAUAACUGCUAUUGCUAAUGCACAAGAAGUCUAACCCACAAUUUAUCCAAUUGAUGAUUAAGUGGAGAAAUGUUUGCAUUAACCAACAAGUGUUUGUUCAAGUGGUAACCGAGCGGGCAGCCGUAAAUCGCAAAGGCGGUCAGUGAGAUAUCCUCAAACCGUUUAGUCAUUGUUUGAAUUGAACACAUUGGAAGUAAAACGGUCCACCUACAGUGGAAAAAUUGUACCGUGAGAGAAUGAUGAUAUACCGGAGAAAACCAUAAUUCAACAGUGAACAAUUUCUUUCCACAUUCGGCGAGAGCAGCGCUAGCGAAGAAUCAGCUGAGAUCGAACGAAACGAAGAAAAAUUAUUCAAACUGCGCCUGGGAAGGGGAAGGAAAAACUGCGCGCAAUUUCAGAUACUGCCGGAAUGGAUCUAUUUAUACUCCUCGUUGCUGCCGCCGCGCUGUUUACUUUCACUGGAAACGUGCAUGGCGACAAUCUUGUGAAGCGAAGCCUGAAGAACACCGUUCCCUGUUUCGAAGAUGGACGAUUUUACAGGAAUCCUGAACGACCGAUUCAUAAGAUGUGGACCAGCACGGAGUGCGCCAAAUAUUAUCUCUGCCUGGACGGAGAGGUUUUCGAGUUCAAGUGUUCUGUAGGUUUGAUGUUCGAUGUAACACGGCAGAUAUGCGAUUUCAAGCAGAACGUCGAUAACUGUGAAGUCACAGCAGAGGCCCGUGUCCCGAAACCGUUGCUGGAUAACGCCCAAUGUGAGGAACGUUCACAACUGGGCUGUGGUGACGGAACGUGCCUACCGAACGAGUAUUUCUGUGAUGGAUCGAUUGAUUGCCCUGACGGAUCGGACGAGGGUUGGUGCGACGUGGAAAACGAUCCGAAUGCUGCGGAUCCUUGCGAUCUAUCGGUUUGUGAGCUACCCGAAUGUUUCUGCUCCAAGGAUGGUACGAUAAUUCCCUCACGACUGGAGAAAACUCAGACACCGCAGAUGAUUGUGCUGACGUUUGAUGACGCAAUUAAUUUUGAAAAUUGGGAACUCUAUACGCAGAAAAUCUUUACUCCAGGAAGAAAGAAUCCCAAUGGCUGUCCGAUCAAGGCAACUUUCUUCGUUUCCCAUCAAUACACGAACUAUCAGCAGGUUCAAAAGAUGUGGAACGAUGAGCACGAGAUUGCGAUUCAUUCCAUCACUCACCGAGGGCCAGAAGAAUGGUGGUCCCGAAAUGCUACCAUAGAGGAUUGGUUCGAUGAAAUGGUUGGUCAGGCGAACAUUAUUAACAGAUUCUCUAAUGUUCGAAUGGAGGAACUACGGGGAAUGCGAGUACCGUUUUUGCGUGUCGGCUGGAACCGCCAAUUCCUGAUGAUGAAAGAGUUUGGAUUCGUGUACGACUCUUCGAUGGUUGCCCCGUUCUCGAAUCCUCCGCUUUGGCCAUACACAUUGGACUACAAGAUGCCCCACGCAUGUAACGGAAACAAUCAGUUCUGCCCUUCCCGAAGCUAUCCGGGAAUUUGGGAGAUGGUCAUGAACCAGUUGGAAGCCGGAGAGUACACUUGUGGGAUGGUGGACACCUGCCCGCCACACAUGAACGGAGAGGAUGUCUUCAGGAUGUUUAUGCAUAACUUCAAAAGACAUUACCACUCAAACCGAGCCCCCUACGGGUUGUAUUUCCACUCGACCUGGUUCCGGAAGCCCGAGUAUCUAGAAGCUUUCCUGAAAUUCUUGGAUGAAAUGCACAAACAUCCGGACGUUUAUUUUGUCACCAACAAUCAGGCAAUCGAGUGGAUCCGCAACCCAACUCCACUGAACCAGCUCGGUCACUUCGAGCCGUGGCAUUGUAAACCGAAGCAGUUGGAUCCAAAUGAGGUCGCAUGUAAUCUACCUCGUACCUGCAAACUGCACAGCCGAGUACUGCAGCAAGACCGGUACUUGUUCACCUGUAACGAAUGUCCUGCGCAGUAUCCCUGGAUUAGGAACGAAUUCGGGCUCGAUUGAAAAUAGGAACCACCAAGAUUGUUUGCUAUGGCGAAUAACAAGAUAAUUUUUCAUUUUGAGGAAAUCGAAUCCAGCACUAAAACUACAAAAAAUGCCUGAAAAUCAUCUUUCGUACUGUAUUUAUUUCAUUUUCAUAUCCAAAAUUCGGUAGAAUCAAUGAUUAAUAAUCAAAUUAAUGUUUUAUUCGUGUGAUAAAAUUUCGAUGCGAAUGUAAUUGUAAUUCUUCGAAUCCUUUAUUUGUAUAGAUAGAUAAAGAUUGGUUUCCUCUAACUUUUCACGUUGUUUUACAUUUAUAUUUUGUAAGAUUCAUUUGUUGCAACAUUUUACUAAUACGAAGUGAUUUUUGCAAAUAAGUUAGUAUUAGGAGCACAAAAUCAACGAAAAAGCCUUCUUAAAGCUUUGAUUUUUAUGUAAACUGCAACAAUAAUUUAUUCGUUACUGUCGUUUUGCGCUACAAGUAUUUAAAACAAUGAAGCUCUCUAAACAAAACUGAAAACAAUUAAAUGUGGACUGAAGAAGUGCAAAGCUAAUUUAGGGUUAGAAAAUUAUUGAAAUGCAUUGUUAGUGUUAAUGCUUUAUACAUAUAUUUAGGAAUAAAUCAUGAAUGUUGUAAUUUGCUUCAUAAUAACAAAUUCAACGAUUACCUAUGGUUUAAUUUAAA